CUUUUUUAUUUAAAAACUUUUUCGGAAAAAAAAAGUGGCUUUUGAUAUGCGAAUAAAUCCUACUACUUUCGGUUCUGAAAUUUCUUCGAUUGAAAAAAAAAAAUCUGGGACAUAAUUACCAAAUAAUCGGUCCGGUACUAGAUGUAGCCUUUCCCCCGAGGCAGAUGCCUAAUAUUUACAAUGCUCUAGUAGUUACAGGUCGAGAUACUAUUGGUCAACAAAUUAAUGUGACUUGUGAAGUACAACAAUUAUUAGGAAAUAAUCGAGUUAGAGCUGUAGCUAUGAGUGCUACUACAGAUGGUCUAAAGAGAGGAAUGGAAGUUAUUGACACAGGAACUCCCCUAAGUGUUCCAGUAGGCAGAGCAACUCUAGGACGAAUUUUCAAUUUGCUUGGAGAGCCGAUUGAUAAUUUAGGUCCUGUAGAUACUUGUAUAACAUCUCUCGUUCAUAAAUUUGCGCCUACCUUUAUACAAUUAGAUGCAAAAUUAUCUAUUUUUGAAACAAGAAUAAAAGUAGUAGAUCUUUUAGCUCCUUAUCGUCGUGGAGGAAAAAUAGGACUUUUCGGUGGAGCUAGAGUGGGUAAAACAGUACUUAUUAUGGAAUUGAUCAAUAACAUUGCCAAAGCUCACGGAAGUGUAUCUGUAUUUGGCGGAGUAAGUGAGCGUACUCGCGAGGGAAAUGAUCUUUAUAUGGAAAUGAAAGAAUUUGGAGUAAUUAAUGAACAAAAUAUUGCAAAAUCUAAAGUAGUUCUAAUAUAUGGUCAAAUGAAUGAACCACCCAGAGCUCUUAUGAGAGUUGGUUUAACUGUCCUAACUGUGGCGGAAUAUUUUCGAAAUAUCAAUGCAUUUCUAUUUAUCGACAAUAUCUUCCGCUUCGUUCAAGCAAGAUUUGAAGUAUAUGCCUUAUUGGGUCGAAUGCCCUCUGUUAUGGGUUAUCAACCCAUUCUUAGUACUAAAAUGGGUUCUUUACAAAAAAGAAUCACUUCUACCAAAGAAGGGCCCAUAACUUCUAUUCAAACAGUUUAUGUACCUGCAUACGAUUUAACAUACCCUGUUACGACAUUUGCACAUUUUAGAUUGGUUUUAGAUUUGUUUUAA